CGCCUCUGCCCCUGGGUCCCUUCAUCCUUUGUCUUCGCUCCGGAAGGGCCGCGCGGGGCGCAGGAUGAGCAGCGGCGGCGCAGGCGGCAAUGGCCGGGCGGCGGCGGCUCUCUCCGCCCGGGGCUCCCGCAUCGCCGGCGGCGCCCGGGGCCUGCUGGACAAAGGCUUCGACUUGUACAUCGCGGACCCCUUCGACCGGGAGCGCAACCCGCGGGGCAUUUUGAAUUUGGGAACAAGUGAGAACAAACUUUGCUAUGAUUUAAUACAGGAAAGACUCACAAGAUCUGACAUGAACUAUCUGGAACCUCACCUUUUGCAAUAUUCUGAUCCACAAGGCAUUGAAAGCUUCAGAGAAGAAAUUGCCAAAUUUCUCACUGAGUAUGCCAAAGCUCCAAAAGCACUGAAUCCAGAGCAUAUAGUUGUUAUGAAUGGCUGUUGUGCUGUCUUUGCUACCCUUUCAACUGUAUUAUGUGAUCCUGGAGAUGGGUACCUUAUUCCUACUCCAUAUUAUGGUGGAAUAAAUUCAAAAACCUGGCUGUAUGGUGGAAUACAACCUGUCCAUGUGCCCUUGUUUAGUGAGGUGACUGAUGAAGAAAGUCAUCCUUUUCAAUUAACAGUUGGAAAAUUAGAGGCUGCCCUACAGAGAGCUAAAGAGCAGGGCAUCCGAGUCAGAGCAUUAAUCCUGAUCAACCCUCACAAUCCAUUAGGGGACAUUUACCCAGCACAGUUACUGAAAGAAUGUCUAGAGUUUGCGCACAGAUAUCAAUUACAUGUAAUAAUAGAUGAAAUAUAUAUGCUGUCUGUGUACGAUGAUACCACCUUCACCAGUGUUCUUAGCUUAGAUUGUUUACCAGAUCCAGAACGGACACAUUUUAUGUGGGGCUUUAGCAAGGAUUUUGGUAUGUGUGGUAUCAGAGUUGGAGUGUUGUACACCAGAAGUCAUGACAUUCGGAAAGCCGUGAAUCAACUGGCUGUUUUUCAUGGGUGUCCUGGGCCUGUUCAAUAUGUUCUGAGCCAGUUUCUUAGUGAUAGAGAUUGGCUGGAUAAUGUGUAUUUUCCUACCAACAAAAAAAGACUUAGAGAAGCACAAAAUAUUCUUGUGGAUGGUCUCACAGAGAUUGGAAUACCUGUUCUCAAAAGUUCAGGAGGAUUAUACGUAUGGGCAGACUUCAGAAAAUUCCUAAAAUCACAGACAUUUGAAGCUGAAAUGGAGUUAUGGUGGAAGUUCCUUGAUGAAAAACUCCUCAUUAGUCCUGGAAAAGCCUUUUGCUGUUAUGAACCUGGAUGGUUUAGAAUGGUCUUCUCAGACUCUAUAGAUAAGAUUUACUUGGGUAUACAGAGACUUGAGCAAAUGCUGCAAACUGAAACUGCUGAACCAGUUGCAAACAAAAUAUCUGCAGAAGAUGAGUUAUCUAAUUCAGAAGACGAAACUUCAGUGAAUCACGCAAAUACACCAUUAGAUGAAGUUUCAGAAGCAUACUCAGAUAUGAAAAAAAUUGUUGUCUAUUAAAAUCUUAUAUGAAAUUGGAGACUAAACAAAACAUGAUAUAGCAUGCUUGUGUUUACUAAAAAUUGUUACUUUGACUGUAAUACUAUAGGACAGUCUCACUUUGCUGUAGCCUGUGGUUACUGAUUUGCAAGCUGGGCUGCUAGAAUAUUAGUAACCUGCCCCCUAUCCUGACUUUAGCCUCUGUUCUGCAAAGCACUAAAGCCCACUUUUUAAGCAUGCUGUUAAAUACCAUUAAAGUCAGUGGGUCUUAAGCAUAUGCUUAAGUGCUUUGUUGAUUAGGGUGGGUUUGCUUACUCAGGGCCUUAAUGAAUCUUGAACACAAUAUUUUGUAUUAUGGAGUAUAUAUUUUAAUCAGAAGACUGAAAAUGUUGAACUAGCUGAUACUGGUUGUCAAAUUUUACUAAAUUUGUCAGUAGACAGACAGACGUAUAUAUAAAAUCUACAUGGGAGCUUUUUAUAAUGGUUAAAAUAAUUUGUACAUGAGCUUUCUGAAUAUGCACACCAGUGUAAAUACUUGUUUACAAAAUAUUCAUUUUUGUUUUUCAUGCUUCCUUUGAGAUGUGUAAAAAUGCUUAUAUGUAUAUUAUAUUUGCAUCUUUUUUUUGCAAAAACAUCAGUUUUUCUCAAAAUAUAAAUGUAAAGAAAUUUAGAAGUAUGUAGUAUGCAUUCAUUUUGACAGGUAGAUGUGUGUUGGACCAAUGUUUAGACCUAUAUUUGUAGAUUUAAUUCAUAGCUUUAUUUAUUUUAGGAAUGGAAAGGGGGAAAAUUGAAAUUGCAAAAUCAGAAGCCUUCUCUUUUACAGGGAAUCUGAAUUUGAAAAAAAGGACUUUCCAUAGAAUUUACAGUACCAUUAUAGGUGGUGGUUGGCUUGCCACCUAUAUUUAG